ACCCACACACACCCCCACACCCGAGCCCUCCUCACGGUCGCGGCGAGACAUGCUCCGGCGCGCCGCCUCCACGCUCGAUGUGCACGCGGCGGCGUGGCUCCGCCGCCUCCCCCGUAGGCCGGCGAUGCCUCUGCCUCCGCUGGCGCAGCUGGGGAGCCACCACCCGCGGGCCCAGCUCCAACCCCGCCGCGGGCUCCCGCACCUGGGUGGCGCGCGGGGCUACCGGCACAUGGCGCGGCGGAUCCCGGCGGCGAGGCCCGACGGGUACUCCACCUCCGAAGGCGAGCUGGAGGAGGAGCCGGACGAGUGGGCGCGCGAGGAGAUCCCGGAGCCGGACGCCGCGGGCGAGGAGGGCGACGACUCGGAGGGCAGCGAGGUGGAGGGGUACAUGCUGGACUUCGGCGCCCUCCGCGACGAACUCGGCAAGAAGGAAGAGGAGAGGCCGCAGCGGGUGGAUCACGCUUCGUCCGGCGGUGCUCGACAGGUGCUCGAGGAAACGCCUGUGAGGCGCCGCCGCGUCUAGCGCUAGCCGUCGCUGCUGGAUUCUUGUCUGCUUCAAAUCCCUGUAUCGAAGUGGCAUUUCGAUUCCCUAAUCAGAAAUGAAUGAACAUCCAGGUCUCUUCGAAAAUAAACUAAGCGUGUAUUAUAAACGGAUUCAACGAAAGUCAAAUCUAUGCAACUAUUGCAUAUUCGGUCA